GAACCAAAAACUAGUUUUACGGGUUUUUAGAUUGGGUUCUCGAACCACCGCUAAUGACUGGCCCGACCCAAAGAAACAGUCCAUCGUGGUCCGUUACUGUGUAAGAAGUGAGAUCGUGAGCAGUGAAAUGUCGAAGAACGUCGCACGUAUGCUUCUUAUGCUUUACGGAGCAUUCCUCCCAACAGUGGCCGCUCAAUUCCGCAAUCCUUUCGAUGCCGCUCAGGGAUGCUUGCUGUACGAUAACGUACCCGGAUACAACGAAACGUUGGAAUAUUUCGCUACGGAUGGUUUCAAGCACGUCGGCACGACCCGAAACUCAAAGUACAUUCGAGUGGGUAUGGUUGGGCCUUCGGACGGUAUUAUUCGCUUUAGCAAAUCGCGUUUCCCGUAUGGCGAAACUGUUUGCGAAGUUUGUCUCUCGGGAUUGUCGAAUCAGAAGACGGAAGUAAAUCGACAUACGCGCACCAGCAACAGCGAGUAUAUCAACACACUGGUGAAGAACGCUCUGACGCCAAGCAUUCUGUCUAAAACGCGACCGCUGAUGUUCCGCCUGGAGGUGUUCGACAAUGGGAACGUGCACUUGACCAAGGAUGGCGAACGAACACCCUUCUUAGAAUUUAACGACAAUUACAGUCAGCGCGACUUGGAUUACAUUGCCUUUACGAAGUGGAAUCUGGAACUGUUCUACUUCUACGACUGUCCGUUGGAGGCAGAUAUUAACCACGCCGACGAUACGGUGCUGCUAAGGUGCAAUUUAGCAUAGUUUAGAGUUUUGCAACCCUCGGAUCUGCGAUCAAUUUCAUCUCAUUGUAAAGAGGACAACAAAAGCAAUGGUUGGACUAGAGAAACAUGCCAUUUCAUCAUAUCCAGUUUUACCACACUUUGGAGUCCUUCCAAUCCUGUGUCAUCUUAUCUGGAAUAAAUUUUUAUCGCACUAAUUUAAUUA